AUGUCAGGAGCCGGGCGCUUACUAGCCUUUUUGGCAUUCCUCCUUAUAGGUGCAUCGUUUGUUCUUCAGCUUAUCAACUCGAUCCAGGUGCCGUAUAUUAAAGAGCUUGGGUUUCUGGUCAUGCACUUUGACACAAUCGGACUGGAAAGCCCGAGGCUGCUGCGGCUUGGUCUGUGGGGUUAUUAUGCUAUCACCCAGAGUGGGAACAAGAAGACCUCGAAUGCAGCGUUGAACAAUUACGGAGAGAUCACGAAGCAGAUUCGCGAACCAUUUCAACAACACUCGCUCGCUUACAAGGAGCCUAUCGUAAAGAACCUACCCUAUGCACUGGUGCUGCAGCCCAUAGCUGCUGGCUUCACGGGCCUGGCAGCUGGAGCGGCUCUCUUGGCCGUCUGCACAAACUCGUUCCUUUGGGUCCUGGCGGCAUUCUGGGCUCUCGCACUAACAGCAGCUGCACUUAUCAUUGAGCUCAUCCUGUUCAUCAUUGCACGCGAUCGAUUUCGAGACUUGUUUCAAGAGUACUACCAUGAUUCCACACAAUAUGACAUCGAUCUUGACAAGGGCAUCUGGCUUCAAGUGGCUGCGCUGGCCUCUCUUGUUGUCGGUGCGUUCCUGCUGCUCUUUGCAUACACGCAGAGCAAGGCCGAUCAACGAGCUAGAGCGCGCCUGUUGGCGCCGGCCCCAUCACCUGCGCCUAUGAACAACAGAGAUAUGUACACGUAUACAACGCCGACAGAAGCGUACGCGCCUUAUGGACAGGAACCCGACUAUACUAUGGGCGGUGCAGUCCCGUAUCCCAUGCGGUCCGACGAUGCGCGCAAUGUGUAUGAAGAGCCAUACCCAGGUGCCGCGGGUAUUGGCGCCUACGCGCCUGAUCCGUACUCGAGACGAUACUCGAAUGUGUAUGAAGAGAAGGAGCAGCCGCUUCCACCAGAGACACAGCUGCACAUGCCCGAGGACCAAGAGACCAAGGAUCAUCACGAGCAUCGGCGGCGGCACAAGCGGCGGCACAGUCGCGGAUCAGGUCGCCGCCGCAGCGCAGACGCGAGUGCGCGCGAUCGUGCCAAGAGCAGCUCAGAUGUGCCUCUGCGCCGCAGCUUUGAGUACCAGUACGACUUUGACGCGUUCCCUGCGCGUCGCAUGAGUUACCAGUAUGGAGGACCAAAGCAUACGCACCACCAUCAUACGACGUCGCUUGAUCAUCGACUCUCUGGCCCACGUGCCAACUCACGAUCGUAUCUGAGACACUCGCAUCUAUACCCUGAUGACUCUGGUGAGAUGGACUAUGAUAUUAUACCGCGUCGGACGGCGAACGACGAAGCUCGGUGGCGAGCCUUGAGCAAGAAAUUGAACUAUUAA